CUGGCACCGCCAUGUUGAAAGAGGGAGAGGCCACAGCCAGUUUAUGUCGUUCUUCGGAUUUUUUUUAUUUUUGAAACGGAACGCGAAGACCUCAGGGAAGCAUCUGGAUCGACGCGUGUUUUAAAUUGUUUUUUUUCCCCCGAGAAACCCCGGGGGUGGCAAAGAAGCGGGCGCGGGGACGGCAACGAGAGGAUGGUGCAGUCCUGCUCUGCCUACCGUUGCCGGAAUCGAUACGACAAAGAGAAGCCCAUCUCUUUCCACAAGUUUCCUCUCACAAGACCUGAUCUCUGCAAGAAAUGGGAAGCUGCUGUUAGAAGAAAAAAUUUCAAACCAACAAAAUAUAGCAGCAUUUGUUCUGAACACUUUACUCCAGAUUGUUUCAAAAGAGAAUGUAACAAUAAACUAUUAAAGGACAAUGCUGUACCAACAAUAUUUUGCCACACAGAACCAAAUGUGAAGUCUGAAGGCACUCAAGAACCACCUGAGGUACCAACUCCCCCUUCUCCUUCACCUCCACCACCUCCGCAAACAUACCCAAGAUUAGUAGAUCCAAGCAUUGGAUUAUUAAUGCCACCACUUCACACUCCCAAUAAUAUUGCUGUUUUUUGUGAUCACAACUAUACUGUAGAGGAUACCGUGCAUCAGAGGAAAAGAAUUCAGCAAUUGGAAGAGCAGGUGGAUAAACUGAGGAAGAAACUUAAGACUGCACAGCAGCGAUGUAGGCGUCAGGAAAAACAGAUUGAAAAACUACGAGAGCUUGUUCAGUUUCAAAAGGAAAAAGACGUGUUGUCAGGCAAAGGUGGUUAUGUGAUUCUGCCUAAUGACUAUUUUGAAAUUGUAGAAGUCCCUGCCUAGAAGGCUAGCAUUGUCAUUUGUGGGACACUGCCAAAGUUAGCCUCAUCAGACUAACUCACAUGUUCAGUUUAAAUGCAAGACUUUUUAGCUCUGUAUAUUAAAUACUUCAGCCCUUCAAAAGAAUAAAA